AUGGCGCUGACAAAUUUGCCCUCGUCAAUUGCGGAAGGCAGCUUUGCUCGGAACUGCUUCCAUCCGGCAGCGAUCUCUACGCUGCUCGACCUGGGUGCCUCUACGGACUACAAGGACAGCCGGGGCCUGACCCCCCUGUACCACAGUGUCAUGGUGGGCGGGGACCCCUACUGCUGCGAGCUCCUCCUGCACGACUACGCCAAGGUGGGCUGCAUUGACGAGAACGGCUGGCAAGAGAUCCACCAGGCCUGCCGCUACGGACAUGUGCAGCACCUGGAGCACCUCCUGUUCUAUGGGGCAGACAUGACCGCCCAGAACGCCUCGGGAAACACUGCCCUGCAUGUCUGCGCCCUCUACAACCAGGAGAGCUGUGCCCGGGUGCUGCUGUUCCGGGGAGCCAGCAAAGAGAUCCGGAACUACAACAGCCAGACGGCGUUUCAGGUAGGGGCACGGCAGGCUCUGGAAGAGAGACCCUCCGCUCCCUCCCCUCUG